CAUUUGCUGGAUGGGUCAGGAGCUUUUUUGGUGGCACACGCCUGGACAAAAAAGACCGAGGCAAGUGUUCCUACCAGUCCUGGUCCUGUGCCUGAUUGCAGCAGCGUAACAAAGGCCAGAACUCACCAGAAGCCAUGGAUGACGUAUAUAAAGCAGCGGUAGAGAACUUGACGGAGGAGCAGAAAAAUGAGUUCAAGGCUGCCUUUGACAUCUUCAUCCAAGAUGCUGAGGAUGGCUGCAUCAGCACAAAAGAGUUGGGGAAGGUGAUGAGAAUGCUGGGACAGAAUCCAACCCCUGAGGAGUUGCAAGAGAUGAUAGAUGAGGUGGAUGAAGAUGGCAGCGGCACAGUAGACUUUGAUGAAUUCUUGGUCAUGAUGGUCCGCUGCAUGAAGGAGGAGAGUAAAGGAAAACCAGAAGAGGAGCUGGCUGAACUCUUCCGCAUGUUUGACAAAAAUGGAGAUGGCUACAUAGACUUGGAUGAGCUGAAGGUCAUGCUUGACUCCACUGGAGAGGCCAUCACUGAAGACGACAUCGAGGAGUUGAUGAAAGAUGGAGACAAAAAUAACGAUGGCAGAAUUGACUAUGAUGAAUUCCUGGAGUUCAUGAAAGGUGUUGAAUAAAGGAUUCUGUUGGAGUGA